AACAGCCCAGUAACUCCCUCUUCUAGUCCUCUGCUGCGCGACUUCACCUUGCAAUUGCAGAUGCUUGAACCCUAAAAUUCACAUACGAAUGUUCUUCGCUUGUUGCGCUGGGAUUUGACUCGGUUCUGUGCUAUUUAUUUGUUCUAUUCUUUGCCGUCGCUUGUUCUACUCUCUGCUGGAGCUAUUCUGUGUUCUCUUUCAUCGGUUCUAGAGGUGUUCCUGUUAGUCGGUUGUUCUAGUCUGCUGGUCGACUCAGUAACAUUUGUGUGAUGCAACCACCUACUGAGUCACUUGUGGUCAUGGAGACUGUUGGAAUCACAAAUAUGGAAGGUAAUGGCCUGGAUGACAGCUUCAAGUAUCGUGUGGACGGGAUUUUCCAAACGGUUGAUGAGCUUGAGCAAAGAGUGGUUGAGGUGGAACAAUUCUAUUCCAAUAUGAAUAAGAAGCAACCAACGGCUUCAAAAGGUAGUUCAACUUUGAAGGAUAAAGAUAAGGAUAGACAUGUCCCAAGUAUAAAGAAGCAGCAGCAAGAUGCAUCAAAGAGGGAAGCGGCAGCUGCAAAGAGAAUGCAAGAGCUUAUACGACAGUUCGGCAUAAUCUUGCGCCAGCUCUUAACGCACAAGUGGGCAUGGCCUUUUAUGCAGCCUGUAGAUGUUGAAGGUCUUGGUUUGCACGACUACUAUCAGGUUGUUGACAAGCCCAUGGACUUCAGUACGAUAAAAAAUCAAAUGGAGGCUAGAGAUGGUACUGGAUAUAAGAAUGUCAGGGAGAUGUGUGCUGAUGUCAGGUUGGUUUUCAAAAAUGCAAUGAAAUACAAUGAUGCAAAAAGUGAUGUUCAUGUAAUGGCCAAAACUUUGCUUGGAAAGUUUGAGGAGAAGUGGCUGGUUCUUUUGCCAAAAGUAACAGAAGAGGAGAAAAGACGGGAAGAGGAGGAAGCAGAGGCACAGCUGGAUAUGCAACUUGCUCAGGAGGCAGCUCAUGCUAAGAUGGCUAGAGAUUUAAGCAUUGAGAUUGACAAGCUCGAUAUGCAUCUGGAAGAACUUAGAGAAACGAUUGUUCAAAAGUGCAGAAAAAUGUCAACUGAAGAUAAAAGAAAGCUGGGGGCAGCUCUAACCAGAUUGCCUCCUGAAGAUAUCAGUAAAGCGUUGGAGAUAGUUGCACAGGGCAACCCGGGCUUUCAAGCAGCAGCUGAAGAGGUGGACCUUGACAUUGAUGCUCAGAGUGAAUCCACACUCUGGAGGUUGAAGGUCUUUGUGAAGGAUGCCCUUGAAGCACAGGGCAAGAGUGAUACAAGCAUGGGUGGUAACAACAACAACAAAAUCAACACCACCACCACAAAUAAUACCACCAACAAUAACAAUAAAAGGAAAAGAGAAAUAUGUGAUGCCAUUGCCAAAACUGCCAAGAAAAAGAGUAAAAAGCCUACUUCUUGAUCGUAUUGAAAUCACAGUAGGAAGCUAUAGGUUAAUGAUGUUUUAUGAAAAUGAGCUAGACAGGUUUCUCCGUCAGGCGAAGGAAGGCAUUGCUUGCCCAUGAUUGUAUGUGGUUGUGAUGGAACUGGAGGAUGGCUAAUGGGUUCUUUAUGUAAUGUAAAUUAUUUGACUUGUAGUCUUGACAUGGGUUCUCAUAGACCUUUGAUGGAUCAAUUAUUUCAAUCUGAUGAAUGCAUUUGAUUCUUCUUUUUGAGAAAA